AUGGCGGCAGAUGGAGUGAGGAGCGCCGCAGCGGUGGAUGGGGAGCGGACGGGAGAAGAGUGGACUGGAGAAGAGCAGAAUGGAGGGGAGCGAACAGGAGAAGAGCGCAUCCGAGAAGGGGAGGGGAGCGGACGAGAGGGGACUUGGGUGGCGGCCGAGGAUGGGAUCCUUGAGGCAGAAAGGUGUUCAACUCUGUUUCCAAUUGAUUGGAUUGUCUGUCCGUUCAUUGCUAGUGCAUUAUGGAAGAUGAUGAUACACCAGCACACCACAAAUUCUCUCACACUCAAUAUGCCGACAUGGGGUAAAUCAUCGUCAAAAGAUGUUAAGAAAACCACCAAGGAAAACCUGAUCGAUACAUUUCAUCGCUUGAUAAGUCCAAAUGAGCAAAAGGGAAGCACAAAAUCAAAACGGAAUUGUAGGCGUGGCAAUAAUACAGCUGCUGAGAAAGUUUGCAAAUCAACAACAGUGUCACGUCCAACUUCUCCUUCAAAAGAAGUUUCCCGCUGCCAAAGUUUUUCGGCUGAUAGGCUGCAUGCCCAGCCACUUCCUAUUCCUGGAGUACGCCCUCGAGUAACUCGUGCAGUUGCUGAUGUCAAUGAUUCAAAGCCCAUAUUGGAAAAACGUGGCAAACGACCACUGCUUCUGCCACUCCCUAAACCCAAUCUGCUUCACCGGGGACCUGGAAGCAGUGAUAUUCCUUCAGAAAUAGUGGUUGCUUCUGUCUCUAGCAAUUGUUCUGCUGAUAGUGAGGAUCGUGCAGAUUCUCAGCUUCAGAGCCCUGUUGGGAAUGAUACUGACAAUGUAACAAAGGUUUCUUCAAAGAACAAGUCAAGUAAUGUUCGCAAGGAUCACUCUGGUGCUAUUACUACCAAGACCACGAAGGAAAUAUUGAAGCCAGCUGCUAAUGCAUUCCUCAGUAACCAUACACAGUCCACGCCACCAAGAGGUAUUUCAGCUGAUAAUAAUCAACCAGAUUUACAAAAUCUCCGGGCAGUAGUUUUCGAGAGUGCUCCCAAUAGUUUGAUGUCAAGUCCUUCGAGAAGUCCGAGACCAAUAUGUCCUGAUCAUAUUCCGACUUCAGCCUUUUGGGCAGUGAAGCCUCAUGCUGAUGUAACUUUCCUUGGAUCUGGUCAGUGCUCCAGUCCAGGUUCAGGACAAACAUCUGGACAUAAUUCAGUGGGUGGCGAUAUGCUAGCCCAGCUUUUUUGGCAACCCACCAGGGGUAGUCCAGAGUGUUCACCAGUUCCUAGCCCAAGAAUGACGAGUCCUGGCCCUAGUUCUCGUGUGCAUAGUGGAAGUGUUUCCCCAUUGCAUCCAAGGUCUGGAGGAGUGGCACCUGAAUCUCCUACAAGUCGGCAUGAUGAUGGAAAGAAGAAGCAAACCCAUAAAUUGCCCCUUCCACCAUUGAGCAUCUCUAACAGUUCAUUUUUUCCGAAUAACUCCACGCCAAGCAGUCCUAUUUCAGUACCCCGCAGCCCUGGGAGAACAGAGAAUCCAUCAAGUCCUGCAUCACGAUGGAAGAAGGGCAAGCUGAUUGGUCGCGGGACAUUUGGUCAUGUAUAUGUUGGCUUCAACAAUGAUAGCGGUGAAAUGUGCGCAAUGAAAGAGGUUACCCUAUUCUUGGAUGAUCCUAAAUCAAAGGAGAGUGCAAAGCAAUUGCGGCAGGAAGUAUCACUCUUGAGCCGCUUACGGCAUCCAAAUAUUGUACAAUACUAUGGAUCAGAAAUGGUUGAAGAUAAACUUUACAUAUAUUUGGAAUAUGUUUCUGGUGGAUCCAUACAUAAACUUCUUCAAGAGUAUGGACAGCUUGGUGAACCAGCAAUACGCAGCUACACCCAACAGAUACUUUCAGGCUUAGCUUAUUUGCAUGCCAAGAAUACGGUCCAUAGGGACAUCAAAGGUGCAAACAUACUAGUUGAUCCAAGUGGCCGUGUUAAGCUUGCAGACUUUGGAAUGGCAAAGCAUAUCAAUGGGCAGCACUGUCCUUUUUCAUUUAAGGGUAGUCCAUACUGGAUGGCUCCAGAGGUUAUAAAAAAUUCUAAUGGAUGCAACCUUGCGGUUGACAUAUGGAGUUUAGGUUGCACUGUCCUGGAAAUGGCUACCUCAAAGGCCACCAUGGAGCCAUUCAAGUACUUGGUUGAUGUCAUGUACGGGAUUGAUGCUGGAAGGGCAAGGAGGCGGCCCAGGAUCAGGAUGCAGCACAUACAAAUUGCUGCAGUGUUCAAGAUUGGGAACAGCAAGGAACUUCCGCCAAUACCGGAUCACCUCUCGGAGCACUGCAAGGACUUCAUUAGGAAGUGUCUGCAACGUGACCCAUCUCAACGUCCAACGUCAGUUGAGCUUUUGCAACACCCAUUCAUACAAAAUGGAAUUUCACUUGAGAAAUCUGUUAUUCCUAAUCAUUUGGAGCAUUUGGCUGCCAUAUCAUGCAGAACAAAACCCAAGGUGGCCGUGCAGACAAGAAAUGCCUCCUUAGGUUUCGAGGGUCAGACUAUUUACCAAAGAAGGGGUGUAAAAUUAUCUUCAAAACACAGUGAUAUCCAUAUUCGAAGCAAUAUUUCAUGUCCAGUUUCUCCAUGUGGAAGCCCCCUCCUAAAGUCGAGGUCCCCCCAACACACAAGUGGCAGAAUAUCACCCUCUCCUAUUUCGAGCCCCAGAACUAUGUCAGGCACUUCCACACCCCUAUCUGGUGGUAAUGGUGCUAUUCCUUUUAACCACCUAAGGUAUGCAACUUACAGCAGUGAGGGAUUUGGGACCACAUCAAGAGGCCUAGACGAUCACUUCCCCAACCGGCAUAAAGAUCCGAUCCUUGGGCAUUUCGCUCAGGCGCAUCAAGUCUCACAGGGACCUCGGGAAAGAGUAGUAUCUGAAGCUGAUAUUCUGAGCCCUCAAUUUGGAAAGAAACUUGGAAAUGUUUUUGACUUGCGGGAAAGGCUGUCUCCUUCUGAACAUUUUACUCGUCAUGCCUUGGUGGAUCAUGUGGAGCUAAAUCCUUCACUAGACCUGACUUCCGGCUCUCAAACCCUGGACUAA